GUGUCCCUUCAUAUUCUCUUCUCCUUUCUCAGCCCUUUGGCCCGACAGAUUCCCAGGAACGGUUGUUUCAUGUUUGCGCAUAAAUAGGUUCAUUCUUAAUUCAGUCAGUCACCCCCCAGAAGACGAAGUGCAUUUGCACGACGACAUUCACCACUGAUAUGGCCAAGGGAACACUGCCCUUCUUUCUCUUCCUCGUCUUGUCCUUCACUUCAGGUGGGAUACUUAAAGCUGUGAAUGCCCAGAAAACUUGGUGUGUGGCGAAGCCUUCAUCAGACCCGACGAUCCUCCGUAAUAACAUCGACUACGUGUGCUCUCAGUUCGACUGCGGGAUCCUUCAGAUGGGUUGCCCUUGCUUCUAUCCCGAUAACCUGAUCAACCAUGCCUCCGUCGCAAUGAAUCUGUACUACCAGGCCAAGGGGAGGAACCACUGGAACUGCCAUUUCGAUAAUACAGGCCUCAUUGUCGUCACUGAUCCAAGCUAUGGGAACUGCGUUUAUGCAUAGCCAGGGCUGCGAAAGAUUGUUAUUUCCAUAUCAGAACGAGCAAAAUGUUCCUGCAAAUUCAAUAUCUCUUAUCAUCAAUCUAUGGGUCAGUAUAUUUAAUUGAGUAAGUUCUACAGAUCAUAAAUUUCAAGAAGUUGAAGAAAAGUUCUGAACACCGUCAAGCACGAUUGUGUAAAAUAGUUUCCAUGCGUUAUUCCUUGCGGAAAUUCAUGUUCCUUUUCCUCGUUCA